CUAGCAGAUGGAUCUGUGUCGUCCAGCUUCCCCCGCUGCUUCCCUCCCUGCUCGUCCUGCUCUCUCCGAGCCUCUCUGAGCCUCUCUCCCCCUCUCAACCUCCACUUCUCCUCUCCAAACCUGACCGGGGCUGCAGCUGGACUCUGGAGUGCGAGAGUAUUUACCCCCCCGUUCCCCCCUUCACUUCAGUCAGCAUGGCUACAGUUGUAACCUCGACCAGGUUCACAGACGAGUAUCAGCUCUACGAGGAACUGGGAAAGGGUGCCUUCUCUAUCGUUCGGAGAUGUGUCAAGAAGUCCACCGGCCAGGAGUAUGCUGCUAAAAUCAUCAACACAAAAAAGCUGUCGGCUAGAGAUCACCAGAAACUAGAGCGGGAAGCCAGGAUUUGUCGUCUGCUGAAACAUCCAAACAUUGUACGACUACAUGACAGUAUCGCAGAGGAAGGAUUCCAUUACCUCAUCUUUGACCUGGUCACUGGAGGAGAGCUGUUCGAGGACAUUGUUGCUCGAGAGUACUACAGCGAAGCAGAUGCCAGCCACUGCAUCAGUCAGAUCCUGGAGAGCAUCACUCACAUCCACCAACAUGAUAUUGUGCACAGAGACCUCAAGCCAGAGAACCUGCUCUUGGCCAGCAAGAUGAAGGGAGCAGCUGUGAAGCUUGCAGAUUUCGGUCUAGCCAUCGAGGUUCAAGGGGACCAACAGGCAUGGUUUGGUUUUGCUGGAACUCCGGGAUAUCUGUCUCCAGAAGUGUUGAGAAAGGACCCGUACGGCAAGCCAGUGGAUAUAUGGGCAUGUGGUGUGAUCCUGUACAUCUUGUUGGUGGGCUACCCUCCCUUCUGGGAUGAGGACCAACACAAACUGUACCAGCAAAUCAAAGCUGGUGCAUAUGAUUUUCCUUCUCCAGAGUGGGACACUGUGACCCCUGAGGCCAAGAAUCUGAUCAAUCAAAUGUUAACGAUUAACCCUGCCAAAAGAAUCACGGCUGACCAGGCCCUCAAGCAUCCCUGGGUCUGCCAACGCUCCACUGUGGCCUCCAUGAUGCACCGUCAAGAGACUGUGGAAUGUCUGCGCAAGUUCAACGCCAGAAGGAAACUAAAAGGAGCCAUUCUCACAACGAUGCUGGUGUCCAGGAACUUUUCAGUGGGACGGCAGCAUACCAGCCCUGCCGCUACCACCAGCACGGCCUCAAUGGCACAGGAAGCGUGCAAAACCUUACUAAACAAAAAGUCGGACGGUGUUAAGAAAAGGAAGUCCAGCUCGAGUGUUUGUUUGAUGUCACAGGGAAACAACAGUAAAAACAGUGUAGUAAGCAGCAGCACCAAAGACAGCAGCAUAUCCUCCUCAGCACCAAUGGAAGCCCAGACAACUGUUGUACACAACCCAGCUGACGGCACCAAGGGCUCCACAGAGAGCUGUAAUAAUGCAGAAGAGGAGGACAUGAAAGCGCGUAAACAAGAGAUAAUAAAGAUGACCGAGCAGCUGAUUGAAGCCAUCAACAAUGGGGAUUUUGAGGCUUACACGAGAAUCUGUGACCCUGGACUGACUUCUUUUGAGCCAGAAGCUCUUGGAAACCUGGUGGAGGGAAUGGACUUCCACAAGUUCUACUUUGACAAUCUUCUGAGUAAAAACAGUAAACCAGUGCACACCACCAUCCUCAACCCUCACGUUCAUCUAAUCGGGGAAGACGCCGCCUGCAUCGCCUACAUCCGCCUGACACAGUACAUGGACGGCCAGGGCCGGCCGCGCUCCUGCCAGUCAGAGGAGACGCGUGUGUGGCAUCGCCGCGAAGCCAAGUGGCUCAAUGUGCAUUUCCACUGUUCAGGAGCACCGGCUGCACCGCUGCAGUGAACCAACAACCCAGGCCCAGGUUUGCCUGAACUCUUCUUGGAACAUUACUCUCCGUGGUCGGAGUGGACCCUGGAUCCUGGUUGGACAAGGCUGCUCGGGAAAACAUAAAAGUGGAAAAAAUAUAAUACAGUCUUUCAAAAAAAAGGAUAAAGCAAAUAAAUAAAAGUAUAUAUCAAAA